CCACUUCGCGCUCAGGCUCAUCUCCAUUCUUUCCGCCAUGGCGUCUCAAAUCUUGCCUCUUGAGCUGAUUGACCGAUGUAUUGGGUCACGUAUAUGGGUCAUAAUGAAAAACGAUCGUGAAUUCUCCGGAACGCUUCUGGGAUUUGACGACUUUGUCAAUAUGGUGCUGGAGGACGUGACAGAAUUCGAGAUCACGGCUGAGGGCACGAAGAAGACGAGCCUGAAUCAAACGCUACUGAACGGGAACAACAUCUGCAUGCUCAUCCCUGGAAGCAACGGACCAGAGGAUUGAAACCUCUCGCAAUGAGGCUCACCAUAUUCAGCCUCAGUCGGAGAGGCGAUGGGGCUCCUCCGUGUGUUAUGCGAGACGUUGCUUGGUUCACGAUGUAAAGGGUCUGCUGGUAGAACGGCCGAGUACCACCUUGGCUGGCACAACCCCUAAAACUGUAGCGGAUGUUCAGCACCACUCAGUGACUGUGAGACCAACCGCUUCGAGCGACGAAAGCAUUAGGAAGGACAAUGCUCAAAUAAUGUCCCUCUCCAACGGUCUGUCGUCGUGGUCGGGCUACAGUCCUCGGGACGAGGUGAGGGUAGCAACUAGAAUUCAUGACCUUCGACUGCCUCCAGACUUGUACGAAUCAUCGGUAAAUUGCACUGUAUAGCUAGCUACGCUCAAAGUGUAUAUUGUACGACGUGGAUAAUGUCGAAGAAAC